AUGCCCGGCGCUUUUCCCGUUACUCCUGCUGCUGCCGAUGAACAGACCAGUAGCAUCGACCUCGCCACUAUCCCGGAUGGUUCCCCGGGGCACGCUUUUCAGGAUGCUCCUCUCGGCGCUGAUACCCUGAAGAAUCAUUCUACGGACAUCUCGGGCGAGCAUGGCGUCGUAGAUGCACCCUCUACCCAGGCUGUGUUGGACGAGGCUUCGACUGCGACUGCCGCAGAGCCGCGACAGUGGGCAGCCCAAAACUUCGACGAGCUGAUACUGACUAUGCAUACACUCUCCAUGGAAGUUAGGACCUUCACCGCUUCUUUCGCCGAUUUGAUCACGCCCGGAGAACAUGUCGACGAAGCUUCAGUAGCAACAAUGGAGCCAGGAGAAGGGGAACACAGCGCAGUCGACGGUUUCGGAACAAACGCCGAUGGCGAAUGUCCCUACGAUCAUCAGCCCUUACACCCUUUUCUGUAA